GAGGCAGGCAUAUAAAGAGAUCUCUGGUCGGCUCUCCAAUCAGACAGUUCCGGCACCCAACACCAAAGUUCAACGUCUCUCAUUUCUAGUGCCGCCUCAUCCCCAGAUAAAUUUUAUAGGAGACACCAAGUUUCUCUUUCUCCCCGUACAUAUUAACGUCGCCAUCCAAUCUUUAACUGUUCGAACAACGACAUGACGUGCAAGCUCUAUCAAGUUUUGGUUGCCGCUUGUGCGCUAGCGCUGGCCAACCAGGUAGCGGGAUUGGCCAUUAGCAACGACAAGCUAAAGCCGUUAUCACCGGCACCGCUCCGAAUUCCUAAACUUCCAGCAUUCGCUGGUGUCACUCUAUCCGGCAUGGAAUUUGGAUCAAACAUCACGAGCCAGACCGUGUCCAAAGCCCCCAGCAACACCGAGGCCGCCAAUCCUUUCACUCUACCUGAUUUCGACCAAGCUAUUCAUUACUUGGAAGACCGUGAUGUCAGCUUGAUCAAGCUCCCUCUUUCAUGGGAGACCCUCCAGCACAAUGUCACCAAGCUAGAAGUUUACACUGAUGUCGUAGCCACCGUCACUUCGCGAAAUGCGGCAGCCGUAGUCUCUCUCUCGAUGUCUGCUGUCCAAUUUAGCAACUUCACAUCGAAUGUUACCGUCCACAAGGAUGGCCCUCUCAUCAAGGAUGUCGCCAACGCUUCUUUCGUCGAGUUCUGGGGAAAGAUGGCCGCGCAUUUCCAACACGACCGACGAGUAAUCUUUCAUUUGUUGUCAAUCCCUCAGGGUGGCGUGAUUCCAAGAAAGUGGAAUGAGACCAUUCAAGCCGCCGUUACGAGCAUCCGAAAGAGCGGGGCGCAAAACGCCAUCAUCUUGCCAUCCUUUGCACCUUCCAACGGCACCACUUUCAACACCUUCAGGGAUUUCCCCAAAGAUUUCGAAAGAAUGCAACACAUCCAAAACCCUGAUGGGACCACCGAUGGCAUCGUUUUCGAUCUUGCCCAGACAUUGGGACCGAAGAAUGCCAAGUCUCAGCGAUGCCAAGGCGUUGAUGUAUCGGACAUUGUUGAUCCUGUUAUCAAAAUCCUUAAAGAACACAAAAGGCAAGCAAUCGUCGGAACGCUUGCUGGUGGUAGCGACCCUUCAUGCACGCGAACACUUGUCAAGUUUGCGAAGGUAGUUUCCAAGUCAUACCCCUCUCUCGCUGGUUUCGUCAUGUAUGGUGCCGGCGCUUUCGAUCAGAGUGCUCCUUGGUCCUUGAUCAAAGAAGGAGAGGCCGACAGCUCCCAUUGCGCAGAGGAAUGGGUUGAUCAGCCAAACUUCAACAGCGUCCAACCUUACUUCCCCAAGAAGACCAAGCACAUCGAAUCUUCCGACCAGAAGCCCGAACAAGAUUCUUACGGCCAGAAGCCCGAGAAAGAGUCUUCGGAACAGAAGCCCGAGCAAGAGUCUUCGGAACAGAAGCCCGAAGAAGGGUCUUCCGACCAGAAGCCAGGACAAGAUUCUUCCGACCAGAAGCCAAAACCAGGUUCUCUUGACCAACAGCCCAAACAAGCGGCUAUCCCCAAUCUCCUCUGAUUUUCGUCCGGGCCAAGCGCCCUCGUGAUUUGAAUCGCUUGUCGUAACAAGCAUAAUCAACAUAUUCGGAUUGCAUCAACCUAUUACUUUUUUUGGCUAUUUCUAACCUCUGGUCGUGUCAAGAAGACCGACCUUAUUUUAUCUGGAUCUUUUUUUUAUAAUUCUCUUUUUAAAGAAAUUGAUUUUCUAUAAUCCUCAGUGUGGACCUUACUUAACUAUCUGUUCUUCUCUCUAGCUAGGCCUAAGAAUUUCCGGCAAAAAACAUGUUUGAGCGACUUUACUGUCUUUUGUUAGCUUACCUUCUUUUUGAUCUUUCGUUUGAAAUCUUAUGACUUGGCACGUUCAGAAAUCAUUACACUACAGAGUUAGUUGUUUUCCAUCAACUUCAGAUU